UCGGAUCAUCCUCGGGUUGGCCUUUUCUAUGUUUUGAAGAAAAAAACCGAGGAGUUCCGGAUGACACAACCCCUAGUCUAAACAGUUUCCUGUUCAUGAAAAAAAUUUAGAUCUAAUAAUAACUUGUAUAGGCACUGGAGAAGAAAGAUAGACAUCGCUAGCUGUUAAUACUUAUUAUUAUAAUAUGACGGUUGGUGCUAUGCCGGACUCCAACAACACAGAAUACUUGCAGGUGACGCUUAGAUGUCAAGAAAACAUUUGAUUUCAAUAGAAUGCGAGAACGUCCACUUACCGAGGCGGAUAAAGGAUGGUCCUGGGUUGUAAUGGCGAGCUCGUUUGGCUCCCACGUGAUCACCGGAGGUUUCCAAUAUUCCAUUGGAAUCGUACACAAUGCAUUCCUAGAAAGGUUCGGUGACAAUGUUCAGAAUACAUCCUGGGCAACCAGUCUGUUUGUAGCGACACUUUCGUUAACAGGUGUUCUAGCUAGUGCCCUGAUCAACUGGUCAAGCUGCCGUGCCACUAUGGUCAUCGGGUCACUGAUUAUGACCGGCGGUUUCAUCACAUGUGCUUUUGUCCCCUCCCUUGAACUUGCCGUCAUCUUUUAUGGAGUUGUAUCAGGUUUUGGAGGUGGAGGAAAGCCGGAGUACCCUGAGAAAAUCCACAGACCUACGGUAGUACCUGACAACUGUCCCACGUAGGUUUCGAAGUCGCAACCUAGAAAUGGCAGGCUAGUGAUAAAGUGUCGGGACAUCUUGACCACUCGGCUACCGUGGCCCCGUUGUCAAGUGCAACGUGCAUACAAUCUCAAUGUAAAUGUUUUCUUAUUCACAAAAUAUAAUGAUACAACUGACGACUGACUCAGGGUCCAACUUAUUUCUGGUUUGGCACCCGAGGUUUUCAAUUAACGACGAGCUACACUAAUUUAGACUACAUUUUAGGGCACAAAUAAAGACCAAUUUGCCCAUUUUGAAUUG